ACCUAAUUAGCAUCCUAACAAGAACCAGUUUCUCAAAAUUUAUUUCCAACUUUUUGUAAAGAAUCCAAGAAGAAAUAGGAGGACACAAUCUUUAACACUGAGUAAUACUUAUUGAGGGUAUUGAAUGUGUUCAAAUUUUAUUCAACUCUUAUUUGAAACCUUGCAAAAUUUCUUGAAACCUUCUGCAAAACUCUCAGUGUUCAGGUUUAAACAUGAAAGCAGGAAAUUCAUGAUAGCUAUCAUAUAUCAAUGGGUUUUUCACUUGUAAUCAAAGUAUGUGAGCUGUAUUGACCCGUUUUUGAUUUCCAAUCAUAACCUCAGUGUUCAAAUUGAUCUCAGUGUCAUUCAUGCCCCCUUCCUGGAGGGGAAGGACCAAAGGAUUGUGCAAGCUUUCUCUGCUUUGUUUCUAAAAACUAUUUUAGUGAGUCUAAAAAUGCUGGAAGCUAAUAAUGACUGGAAUGCUUGUAUUCUUUUCAUUAGUAAUUAAAUCAGUCCUGUCAUAAUAUAAGAAUAUUAACAAGAUAAUUAGCAAGAGAUCCACUGUAGAUUAAACAAUUCCUUGGUCAUGUGUUUAAAAAAUUCUGAUUAGUCUACUGCAUAAGAACCAUGGUCUUUCUGACACAAUCUCUGCUAUUAGCUGUUGAGAGUGCAAAAUAACCUGAAAUAGAUGGUAUUGCCGUCCCACAAAGCAAUCUGCUUCAUAACUCUAACCAGUUGCUGCUUCUUUGUGGAAAAGCAAGGGGUUUCACUUGACUUUCUUGACAAAAACAUGGGGUUUGGCCAAAAUAAUUAAAAUGUGGAAGUGAUUUGCUAUGUAACAGCUUCCUUCGUUUGUUAAUGGCAAUAUCAAAUCUGAUUUUCCACACAUGAGAACAUUCCUUAGAUACAUCUUUAUGUAAAUGUAGUUGCCAAGCUGUUUGUAAUGGUUAAAUUAUACUUUGAUGGGAACUCUUCAGAAAAUACUCAAUUAGUUCAGGUUUUUUUGGAAACGCUGCCAAUUACGUGACGUUAAUGAGCUUUUUGUUGGUAAUGUAAUUAAAAUUCAACUGCUAUAAUGGCUAAAGGAAAAAAUUAUAGCUGUAAGAAAGUUAACAUUAAGCAAAUAUAACAUGAAGUGGGCCUAAUUAGAUGUUGAUUAUAUGGUCCUAUGUGCAUUUGCUGCACACAACAGUAGUCUCAGAAAUGUGGUUAUCUUACAAUUAAGGAAUACAAUUCAGUUGAAAUACUGAGAUUUAACUCUUUUAUUUGUUAUAUUGAUACAACACCAUAGAAGUCAUUGCGAUGUUGUGGUGAAAGAGAAAAAAAUUAAGCUCUUAUCUGAGAUGCUUUAAGGUUUAAGAUACCUGAGUAUGUCAAUGAGAACCUAGAGUAAUUUCCAAAAAAGCAUGAUAUCAGUCUCACAAAAAUAUCAAUAUAUUAAGGUCACUUUUAAUUCUGCACCUUUAUUUUAUUUAUUCUUUUGAAAAUCCUCUAAGUUCUGGAAAUUUGGGCAUAUAGAUUAGCCCUUUGUCGGAACAGUAAGUGAUAAAAUGAUGCAAUGUGUUGUUCACACCCUGCCCACGGGUCUGUUGUCUGAAGCUUUUGGAAGUAUUUGAAAUAAGGGACAUUUCAGGGAAAUCUGUCAAAUAAAAAACAGAAGGUACCUCUUUCACAAGGGGUGCAUUAGCUAUUUCGUUAUUAAUCUGUCCUGAGGUCUCUUUGUUUCCUAAGGCAAUCAGAGCACACAUUUUCCAAACUGUUCACCAUCUACUUCGGCUUGUAGGCAGUAUUUGUGGGGAUAACAUUUUUUUAGAAAUAAGUGCAGUUGCUGCCAAUAUUUUUCCUUCAUUGUUUUUCCUGUUGUUAAUGUCUUUGCCUUACACAGUGUCCUUGCCAAAGAAUGGGAAUAUGUCUCCAGCAGAGUGUGACAUUUGCACUGAAUUGCUGAAAUAAUGUCUAACCUGAAAGCUUUAUGAUAGAGCAACCAUGUGUUUUGAUGACCUGGGAGAAAAUGUCCUAGGACGCUGUGAGUGUCAAAAAAAUCCUCUUAAAAAUACAUCAACAUCAGAUUGCUGGCUGGCCUGUGCUUAUAACAGGUAAUAUCACAGUCCAUCACUAGAAAAGGUGCAGAGCACUGCAAACCUACCCUUGUACUAUAACAGAAUCACAGAAUGGUUGGGGUUGGAAAGGAACUUCGGAGGUCUAUUUAUCCCACUUCCCUGUUCACACAGGGCUACCUGCGUCCUGUAGCCCAGGACUUUUUCCAGAUGGCUUUUGAAUAUCUAAAAGCCAUCUGGGCAUUCUACAACCUCCCUGGGCCACUGCUGCCAGUGUUUGGUCACCCUCAUAGUAAAAAAAGUGCUUCCUAUUGCUCAGACAGAACAUUCUAUCUUUCAGUUUGUGCCUGUUGCCUCUCGUUCUGGCACUGGGCACCACUGAAAAGAGGCUGCCUCAGUCUUAUUUGGAAGAUAUCAUCCUUUCAGAUCUUUAUAUAUGGUGAUGAGAUUCUCCCAAGCUUUUUUACCUGUAGAAAGAGAACAUGUUCCAUUCUGCCUUGCCUACAAAUACAAUCCGUGUUACAAGCAUUACCUCAAACAUUCACUGCACAGUUAUUUGCCCCAUUACACUUCAAUCAGAGAGAGGAGCCUUAAGAGGCUACAGAACAGUCUCUUUUGUAAUAGAUCUUCAAUAGUUCGAGUAGAAAGGGCUUGUGCUGCUGUAUCACGGUGAAGUUAACAAAGUAUGUGAAUAAAAAGUAUAUAUAGCUAUACUGCAAACAUAGAAUAUGAUGUAUAAGAGCCACCAUUAGGAUACAAUUUGAAUUAAGCUAGCUUUUUACAAGAAUGAAUGUCCUCUUAGUUUUGCUUCCCACUUGCAAAUGUUUUAGAGGACCUGGUUUUCAAACAAUGCCAAGCACUUUCUGUUCUUUUCUCUUCUGGAUAACACUCUCACACUUCAGAUUCUCAAACAUACUACUUCAGACAAGGAAACAUGAGGCUUCAACUACCUGUCGUAUAAACAAGAUACCCAUGCCUCUGAAGAUAGGAUGUAGGUCUGAGUUAGGCAGACAGGCCCUUGAUAAAAAGUCACAAAUACCAUUUUUUACAAGUCAGUUUUCACUAUGAAUCCUUUUUAUUUUUACAAUUUAAAACUAGAGCUGGAAAGUAAGAACUGCUUUAUUCUAGGAGCUGAGGUGUACAUAAAUGGUAGAAAGUCACUGCUUCCACUCCAAACCUGUUUUCAUCAUCCUCUUUAUUCAUGCUAUGUGAACUGUGAACGUGAAAAGAACCUGCAAUCCUUACACUUCAAACACAGUCCUACAUGAUUUGUUUCACAUAGGAUUACUGCAGCUGCAAGGAAGAAAAGGCCUGAAGAGAAAUUUAGCAGAAAACCAGUCAGGUUCUAGAAUAUGGUUAGUGCUAAACUCAUUUUUCUCAGAUAUCAAGUCCAAUUCAGACUGCAUUCAAUACUUCCCAGUUUGUCAGUCAGUUCCAAUUACAAGGCACAGCUGUUUAGAACAUUUUAUAGAGUCAUUUGAAGGCUCUAUAUUUAAUCUGAAUAAUUCAUAGUAUUUGCUAAGAGCAUUUGGUAUUACUUUCAAUUAUGAACAUUGUCUUCUCAGAAUGUAAAAUAACUAGUUCAUAUUUGGCCAGCUCUUCUGCUUGCGCAAAUUGAUGCAGCUCCAUUGACUUGCAGUGGAGCGAUUCCAACUUAUGUGAGCAGGCAGUGUGGGCCACAGCACAGUGACAAUGACUGUGGCUGUACGAACUGGGGUACAAAGUGCUCAGCACCCCGGGCAGACAGCAGGGAGCUGCAUGCUGUGGAAAGGCCUAGAGACCCCAAUCUAACCCUCCUUUUCAGAAAGGCAGUCGUUCUCCCCAAAGGGUGAUUGUGGAGUUGUACACAUACACGGGCACACACUGUGUGUGUUAUGUACAGGCACACGUUUAGGGGUGUAACAUGGUGUUUUAUGUGUGCAUGUGUUUGCACAUAUGUUCCUCCUAUAUUGCUUCCCAUUCUCAGAAGGGGAAUGCUCUUUGUGAUUGUUGUGUAACAAAGAUAGCAAAACGAAAGGGGCUGCAGAGCUCAGCCCUCUGAACUCACGGCUGACAAGGUUAGGAGAGAAUGUUUUCUGUGUAAUAUUAGAAAGUAAAGGGUGUGGGCCUGUAGUCAUACCCCAAGAUACAUCCUCCUCCCUUUAGACAAGUAAUGGAUAAUAAUACAAUAGUAGUAAAUAUGUAAUGAAGAAAUACACAGAAGAAUUUGAGGAGGUCACUGUUUUGAAAGCAUUUGAUGAGUAUUUUUUUAGUUUUUGCUGUCAAAAGCCAACAAGUUCCUAAUUCAUUAAAAUGUUCAAAUUUUGACAAUUUUAAUAAGAUAAUGGUGCAGGAAACUUUGAUAAAUUCCAGAUACAGUGAGCCCAACCACUCCAAUUGAAUCAUGAGAAAUAUGAAAAUUCCCCAAAGACAGGCCACUUUCAGCUUCUGUCUCUUAAUCUGACUCAAAGUAUUGUCCCAUUUGAGAGCAUGAUAUAGAGAGAAGACACUCAGCUUGCCCUUGAUUUUUGCCAGGAGGUGCCAACUAACUGAUCUAUUUUAAAAGGCAAUGAAAAUGAAAAGCAUUUAUUUUGUUGCUGGUCUCCUUUUAAUGAUAGUUCAAGGCAGCUGGCAAAAUCCUCUUCAGGAUACAGAGGAGAAAUCAAGAUCAUUCAAAGCUUCCCAUUCUGAACCAGUAGAGGAAUCCAGACAGCUGAAUGAAGUGAAACGUCACUCACAAGGCACAUUCACCAGUGAUUACACCAAGUACCUGGACACCAGACGAGCUCAGGACUUUGUGCAAUGGUUAAUGAGCACUAAAAGAAAUGGCCAACAAGCACAGGAGGACAAAGAGAAUGACAAAGUCCCUGACCAGCUCUCAAGCAAUGCAAUCUCCAAGCGUCAUGCUGAGUUUGAGAGACAUGCUGAGGGCACCUACACCAGCGACAUCACCUCUUACCUGGAAGGGCAAGCUGCCAAAGAGUUCAUCGCUUGGUUAGUGAAUGGACGAGGAAGAAGAGAUUUCCCAGAAAAAGCUCUCAUGGCUGAAGAAAUGGGUCGAAGACAUGCAGAUGGCACCUUUACGAGUGAUAUCAACAAAGUCCUUGAUGACAUGGCUGCCAAAGAGUUCCUAAAAUGGCUAAUUAACACAAAAGUUACCCAAAGAGACCUUUUGGAAGAAUACCAGUAAAAAUGCAGAAUAAAAUGGGAUAAAUGAAGAUCUUAAUUUCAUCAACUGCCAGUUAUUAAGAGUUUCUGAAAUCUGUAUUCUGUCAUUUACAUUUGGUGUAACAAAGCUAUGUCACCUUGCAUGCCAGGAAAUAAUUGUACUAUAGUUUAGUGUUGCCAAAGGUUUAUAUAUGGAAAACCUGUUGUCUUAGGGAUGGUUUUCUUAACAGCUUUAAGACUGUGGAAGUUCAAUAACUUCAUAUUUUCCAUUUAUUAGGACUAAAGUAACUCCAUUUAUAUUUAAGGAUAAAAUUAUUUUUCUAAAAAAUUUACUUCUACACGCAAAUUAUUCAAUCACCAAUUAUAUGUGUUACUCAUAAGGGGCUGGCAGUUACAAAUGCCUGAGAAGUGAAUAUCCCUCUUAAAACCUUUGUUAUAAAAAGGCUAAGC